AUGAACAUCACCGACCUGCCACCAGAACUCAUAGAACAAAUCCUGCUUGAACUCGACCCCCUCGACUUCGCUGCUUUCGCCCAGUCCUCGCGUUCCUUCUACGACUUCGUUUACAAAUCCCCGGACGCCCACAUAUGGCGAGAACUUUACCUCGCGCAGCCUUUGGACGACCCUCGCACUUGUCUUGACACGCUGGGAUUCCCGCUCGAGGACAUAGACUGGAAAUGGGAACUGCAGCGCGUCACGCGCGCUCGUACCGUCGUGAACUUUAUAGAGAAGUGCCGGCCGCAUGAGCGGUGCGGCGUAUUGCAGACUCUGAUAGACCUGGUAACCCGGAUCCCUCCUUCGCCCUCGGUCCUGAGCGAUCAGCUGUCAAUGAACCUGCUCUGGGUGGCUGCACUCGUACGUGGUGGCGCUGUCUUCGACCAUACGACCUGGGAACCAUCCCCGGAGGAACAGCAGCUUCGCGCGAAACUACACACAUACUACGGCGUCACACCCUCCGACGCCAAGACAGCAAGCAAGAUAGAGUCUCGUGCCUAUGUCUAUAACAUGCGGAACUACAAAUGGGACAACGAGUUUGGACCCUUCAUGAUGGAUGGGAGCGGACGCGUCAAUUGGUUACACGUAAGGGCGAUACACCACUGCAUGUCACUGCACCUUGUAGAGAUGACGGAGGAGGAGGAGAUCGUCUUCACCAUAUUUCCUAUGAGUCUGCCGUACUGUCAGAGUAUCCUGCCCGGCGGGGCGGAUGUGGGAGGCGUGCAGGACUGGGCCGGAAUCGAGGGGGAAUGGGUGGUGUCAUUUUGUUUCUGUGAUCACAGGGAACUUCUUGUUUACAACAAUUUCAACCUCUCCGAGGACGACCCCCUCGACGCGAGCGUCUUCGCCAAUCCCGAGUUCAUCGAGGUCUUCCGCUCCAUCACCGUGCACAUGCGCGUACUCUCGACCGAGCCGAACCCCGCGUACCCCACCCGCCCGCGCAUCUACUUCGCCGGGGAGAUCGAGACCGGCUCGGAGCACGUUAUGAACGGCUGGGUAGGCAUCACGGAUGAGGGCGUUGUGCGGUGGCAUUUCGUCUCUGGCGAGGAGGGCCAUCCGAUAUGGAGCUCUGAGGGAGUCCAGGUGGGCGGCAUCCGCUCGCCGUACGGCGUACUUGGCGCGUGGACGACGGUGUUCCACGAUGCGCACGAUCCAAUUGGGCCGUUCUGGAUGAGGCGGGUGUUCAAGGACCAGGACGCCCGUCCAACUUAG